CUAGGGGGUCUUUCUCUUCUUCGAAUAGCUGCCCAUGUCGGAACCGGACAGUGCUCACCGUGGCAUGUACAUUGUGUGGUCAUGGUGCGGACACAGUUGGAGGUCUUUGACCGAGAAGUGGAGUUUUGCACGAUUCCAUGGAGUUCGCUGACUGCACCACGCUCGAUACGCACUGCAGUAAGCUUCUUGUUUCAAGACGACCCCUUCAGCCAAGAAAUCGAGGGCUUUGGUACAAGCUGUCCGCGGUGGAUGCCCGGAUACCAAGCCUUCGGCUCCAGCAACCAUGGCUUUUGCCGAAAGCUGAAGGGAUUGAAACAUGUGUGGAUUCCUCCGCAAGACCCUGCGCCGACACCACAACCGCAUCACCGGCAUCAUCCAAGACCAAGUCCACCGCCACCAACUUCUUGGGAGCCUCCACGCCAAAGCGUGCGCCAACAGCAGAAGAGCUUCGCUUCUGAACAACCCCAGGUGCCCUACACUGCGCCACCUACUCCAGUGCCAAGAAGACUGGCUACUCCUGGACGUGUUCCCCGCGCCCCGAUCACCCCGCUGGCACAGAGGCCCCCGCCUGGCAUCCCCAAGGCCGAAGUGGGUGACGACCUGGCGCCACCGCCGCCUCCACGGCGAACGCCGAAGAAGGCGCCGCCCGUGCCGAUGGAGCCACGGCUGCCGCUGAUUGUGGAGCCAAAGACGAAGGUGGCGCCCAAGAAGGACCCUACAGAGGUUGGAGUGGUCGAAGACGAGGAACCACCUGAAUUGCAGGCUUUACCGCCUGAUGCGGACAAGGUCUUUGGAAAGCUCAUGAAGGAAAGUGUGGAUGCGGAGGAGAAGAAGGCCGUAGAGGAGCUUAUGCCACACAACCCUCCAGGUACUCCGCCUGAAGAACCUUCCUGGCCGCCGCCAAGCUCAGCGCCACCGGUCCAGCCAAUCCCCCCAAGGCGCUAGAUUCUUUUGGGAAGACAAUGAGAAACGUUCGACGUCCUCUGUAGAUGAUGAUGACGAUCAAGAGUUUUUCUUUCUAGACUCUCUUGAUACAGACUCAGAUGGAGUGAGAUGGACAUGUCUAUGAACAACAGCAACAAAAAGGAAGGAAAGAAGGGAAGGAAAGAAGUUGAAAUCAAGAACGGUCUAAAACGGCCUAGAAGGCUCUAAAGGAGGUCAUCGCUAUUAAGUUGGAGGCCAGGAGGCCAUCGCGAAUAGCUCCUCCUCUUGUCCUUUUUCCGUUAAUUGUUGGGGGUUCUCUGCUCCUAGUAGCUUCUUGUUACUAGUAGUACGGCCAGGAGUACUAGUAGCGAUGCCCUUUGCUCCUAGGAGAGAACCUGGCCACAGUCUCUGGCCGAAUCUUGUGUUCCGGUGUUGUGCUGUUGGCCGCGCUGGCGAACCCUGUGUGUGUGUCGUCCUGGUCUCCUCCUGCUGUCCUCGUGCCGCGGUUGCAAACCCUGUGUCCUGCUCUUGUCCUUUGUCCAGGUCUGCCUGUCUUGCUUGUGCACGUUGUCGGCCCUUUUAUCACCGCCUUGUCCGGGCCUUGUUCCCUGCUUGGCCACGCCGCUUGUUCUUUCUCCACCGCCUUGUCUGGGUAUGUUUUCGUGUGGCUAUGAAUGAAACAGUGAUACAGCGAUAGAGAUGUGAUAUCACCCUCGGAUUUUCUCAUGAAAGUGACAUAUAUCCAAUAUCCCAUCGUUUUCAAACAUUUUUGUUUACGCGCAGUUCCCAAACAGCUGGAGGCUCUCGAGAAGUAUGCAUGCAGGUGCUCCCACCAACAUUGGAAUUGGAGGAAUUGACGCCCAAAAAACUAAUGCUAACACUGUUUGGGGUCUAUGCUGGUAUAACUUUUUGCACACCUUUUCGUAAAACCUGAAAAUAUAGACCUGUUCUCUCCUUUCUUGCUGUUCUUAUUUCUCUCUCUUUCUCUCCUUCUCUAGCCCUUAUGAGCCGGGCUACAACUACGGCUGGACGCCCCCGGAGCGAAAGACGCCUUACUCGCCGCCCUGGCCUGGCGGUGCACCACUGACGGCGGUGGAUCGCACAGCGGCGGUAGCCGAAGAGCUGGGAAACGAGGUCAAUGGCGUGGUGCAAACAGCGGAGGAGAGGUGCAAUGGCCUCCAUUCUACUAGCCGCCUGCAACCGCAAGUAUUUCUAUAUGCAUGUAAAGAAUACAAACAGUCAAACAGUCCCCGUCAUCUUCAUAAACUUCAGAAGAAGUAUUCUUGUCAAGAGAAGGAGUUCUUUGUGAAGUAUUUCGUAGCAAGGGUAGUUUCAUCCGACUUUUAAGUUCAGUGUUCCUGCCUUCUAGUUGAUCUCUUACUUGUCUUUGAGUUUGCUGUUAUUGGCAUUGGUGCUUUCUUGUUUGAAAAUGCAAGAAGUAACGGGUAAGCAUGUCUAUGUCCAUGUGCUGGCGCUCAACAGCGGGUUGCGAAGACGAAUGUGAUUGGACGCAAGACAGGGCAGAUCUUUGUGUGCCAACUCUACAGAAACCCUCAAUAGAACGCUGCUAGGGGCUCCUGGCCCUACUACUAGGAGCAAGGACGCUACUAGGGGCUGCUGGCAUCGCUACUAGGAGGAAGGACGCUACUAGUAGCUCCUGGCCUUACUACUAGGAGCAAGGACGCUAUUAGGGGCUGCUGGCAUCGCUACUAGGAGGAAGGACGCUACUAGUAGCUCCUGGCCUUACUACUAGGAGCAAGGACGCUAUUAGGGGCCUCUUGCACUAAGAAGCGCGUCCAUCAAUCGCACAUCGGUACAGGACGUCCUGGUGAACACCCAGAUGUGACACGGAUGCCUCAUCGGCAACCUGGGAUGUCAAAACAUUGAAUUUAGGUUGGACGCCAUUGCUAUUAGGUUUCUUUUUCUCUCGAUUCUUUUUUCUUUGUCAUCUCCUUUUUCUUCAAAACAUUGAUUUGAUAUUCCCGGCGACCUGGGAAGCUGUGCCCAGCGGUGCCCAGCUGAUUCAUGUAGAGGUGCCUGGUACGCUAUCCUUUCGAUCUCACAUUGGGCCAAAGAUGCCCAAAAUCCCUUGGCCCUGACCCCGUUGAAGACCAUUUCGCCUGUCAAACGAAA